CGGAUACACACCGCCCUCUUGUGGUUCCACCUGUGAAGUACCGUUUAACAACAACAACAACAACAAUAGCUGCGCAGUACGGAAGGAAAUAGCCAUUUAAAUUGACCGAAUACAACAGGCGGUAAAACCGAGCUGCUGGAAUAAUAGUGGAUGCGUCUAUUUGCCAUUUUUACUCUGCACUGCAUGUUUUAGCCACCGCCCGGAAAUUCCGCUGUGUUAAGAACAAGAAGAUAUGUGAAAGAUGAAGUGCUAGUUGUGCAGCCGUCAGGAGGAACACUUUACAAUGCGACGAAACCAUAACUACCGGUAACAGUGCUCCGUUAUGCAAAAACGGACAUAUUUUUGUUUUUAUGAGGGCAGUUUUGCAUUAUGACGCAGUCUUCUCUGAAAGCGCUAGUGCGAACAAAAUGAAGGUAUUAAGCAGAUAAGUUGUCUUAUGUAUCGGAACCUGUAUUCAGCUUAGACUGUGGGUUUACUGUGGCUUUCAUUGCGAAUUAGAUGUUCUCUUCAUAUUUCUGCUGUACAGAUACAGAAGGAAGGAAUAAAAUUAACUCAUUCAGCUGAGACAAACCGGAUUUCUAACGCCAUUCAUUUCAAAAUAAAAGCGUUUAGUUCGUCCCUAACUGUAACGUUCUUGGCUAGCCACAGUGUACAGCCAGUGUCCUCUCACACAGGCGCUAAGAAAGUACAACAUUAAAGGAGGUUCUGAAAGCACAAAAUGAGCGAGACGGGAGAUGCAGCGAGUGUUCCCGACACCUCCGGCCUCAGCAGCGGGGUCGGGCCGGGUCUCACCGCAGGCAGAGGGUUCCCAGGACCGGCCAGAAGUCUGUCCUCCCCCGCUCCACCUGGUAGACUGACGUCCCUCAGAACCAGAGACUUGACACUGGGGGGAGCCUUCAAAAAACCAAAGACCUUUGAGCCAAAUGUGCACGCUGUGAGGAAAAGCAAAGAUGAGUUAAAGGAAAAGAUAACUGUGGCUCCAAAAAAGGAGAGGAGAGAGAGGGAUGAGAGGAGAGGAGCGAGGGAAAACAGAGGGAAGAGGAGAGAGAGGCCUCAGACCAUCCAAUCUCACUCCAUCUUUGAACAGGGUCCCGCUGACACUGUAUGCAAAACAGGCUGGCGUGGUGCUACAGACCUGCAUGAGUCCACCACCUCUCCUUUAUGUAAAAUGGUGAAGAAAGAGAGGAAACAUUCAGAGGAGAGUGAAGAUGAGAUAUUGGGUAAACUACAAAGGGAUGAUUUCAUAGAUGAUCCAGAUCUGAGGAACGAUGCCAAGCUGAAACCGAUCCAGCUGCCUCUCUGUCAGUCCAGCAGCUUCAUCAAGAGUCAAACCCUGUCGACCACAACAUGUCCAGAAACCCCUCCUCUGUUCAUACCUGUGGACAGAGCAGGUCACAGCAGGACAGAGCUGCCCAAACCAGAGCAGCCGUCUCUGGUAGACCUGCUGCAGGAUCUCAGCCUGUCUGGCAGAGAGGAACUCUUCUUCAUGCAGUUACCUGACUGUAUGCCAGGCAGAGCGUCAGGACAGAAGGUGGACCCUGCUGUUGCAUACACAACAGAAAAGUCUGCCAAGAAGGAAGGCAAGCUUGAAGACAAAAGGCCUGCACAUCUACAAACACAACAGGCUGUGCUGUCACAAUUCCCAGAGGGAUUUCUGGGUAAACUGCAGAUCAGGAAGUCAGGAAAGGUGGAGCUGAAGCUGGGUGACAUUGUCAUGGACGUCUCUGAGGGAGCCGCAUUCUCCUUCCUGCAGCAACUGGUGUCUGUGCGUCUGUCUGAUGGGCGGACUGGAGACAUGAUGGUGUUGGGAAAUGUCCACCACAAACUGGUCCUAUCUCCUGACUUCCAGGCUUUACUGAGUCAAGCUGCAACACAGCAGCAAAAAGCCCCCUGAUCAUCUUCUGCACACAGAGACAACAGAUCUGAAACUUACCGACUCUUUUACACAAGUAAACAUUAUUUAUGUUGAACUGUAGAAGUGUCCUGAUCUAAACUGCACACAGUGGAAACAUGAUAAAUAGUCUAACUCACUCUUCAUACCUCUGCUGUGAGGUUUUUAAGGCAGCUGUUUCAUUAACCUGUUUAUAUUCUUUUUAAUCUGUGUUGCCAUGAUUUUAAAUAAAUUAUGGCUGUAACAUUUGUAUCCACUUGAAAGAGGUCAAAGGUCAGUGGAUGACCAGAGGAAGAUCAAAGAAGACAUUCACAUCUGACUGGUCCUUUACCACCAUCUGUUAUCAUGUGACUGAGUGACUGCAUUUUAAACUUUUAGAUGCUUUGAUAACUGAAAUCUUAUGCAGUACAUCUGAGUGUAACAGACUGGCUGUGAGAUAACUUUUGUAAUGAAUGACAUACAUGUGAAUUAUUUAAAACUCAAGACUACACCUGCAGUGUGUGAAAUUACGUGGCACUUAAUAUGAAGACAGUUGGAGAAUUGUCUGUCACCAUGUGUACCCAGUGGUUGAAGUUGUUACAAUACUUCAGCUCUACAGUGGUGUAGAAGUUUUUACAGUAACUACAGACCAGAGUCCAAACAUCUGCUCAGUGUGCUCUCUGGAAGCCUUUUCAGAUGUUGUUCUUGAAAAUGUUCAAUCAGACUUUCAAAAAUAUCACAGUUCAGGAGCCUUUUCAGGCUCAAAUGAGUUUUUAAUGACUCAGUAGAUCACGCCGUCCUAAUAAACAGGCUUCAGCAGUGGAGUUCUUUAAUGGCUGUUAAUGGCUCCACAUAUUUCCAUCCUGUGUGUAGGAGCUCAGACACAAACCUGCUGCCCGAUCCUGUUUCUAGCUUUAAGACUACAGGGACUGUGUCUCGUCAGGGUCUUUUAUGUUGAUAUCUCAUAGUUUUGUCCACUGUAGAUUUUUAACAUGUCAGUUUUCCUUGUCUACUACCUUCUUUUUAGUCUUUGUGUAAAGCACUUUUUUACAUUGGUUUUGAGAAAUUGCUAUGCAAAUACACUUUAUUAUUAUCUGUUAAGUGUACUACCCUGUCAUUACUGUUUUACUACUUUGACUCAGAGGAGUGUGAGGAAACGAGACUUUCAGCAAGGUGUUAAUUACUCUUUGGUAAAAUUGCUGCAUUUAUGGGACAGCAUAAAUCAACAUGUUCAUAUUUUACUGGGAUAACCAAAUAAAUACACACAGUAAAGUGCUGGACUCUCCAAAGUAGAACUGAAAGUACUGAUUCUGUUAUGUCUGUGCAAUUAUUCAAUAAUAUUGUUCAUGGAAUUUCAGUAAACUCAUACUGUGAUGAUAGAAUCUCAUGUUAGGAUUCAACAGAUGAAUGCAGUCCAGAUUAAUUGUUAUUAUAAGCGAGCUGACCAACAAACUAACAGAAAUGUUUAUGGGAGGUAUUUGUUUUGACAGAUUUUGGCAAUGCAGUUUGAACAUCAGCCUGAUUAGUUCACUGUAUCAGAAAUGUGCUGUAUAUUGUUGUAUUGUUCAUUGAUAUCAGAAAAUUAUAUUUUAUACAAUAUUUUAUAGUGUACUCCUCUUAAGAUUGUUAGGUCGUUAAUAACAUUUCAUGUGGAAUUUUUUUAGGGACCAUAAAAGGCCAUUUUGUAGAAAAUAUAUGUAAAUGUUUAUUCAGUAAACACACAACACAAAGGAAACAGUAGUAAAUGCUCUCUGAAUGUGGUAGCACUAAAUAUAAGUCAAAGGACCUUUCAAGUACUCACCUUAUUCUUCAAAAUUAAGAGGCAUGUGAUUGAACAUGAAGACCAGAGAGAUUAAUCAGGAUUAAUUCUUUAAACAUAAAAGAUAUUUUUGUGACAUAUAAAUGAGCUGCCAGUGACUUCGUACAGUAUAAACAGGACAAAGCAGGAUUUUUCGAUGACCCUUUAGGCCAGCCAGACAUAAUUAUUUGGAUGAAGUAGCUUGAAAAAAAAAAGCUAAAUUUAUUGUCAACCAUAAGAGU